GGUGGAGACACUGCAGAGCGAGCUAAAUACUGUGACUAACAUCCACAGACCUGGGUGUGAGGACGGUCUCCUGUAGCACAGCCUUUGCUUCUGUUUUUAAACCUUCCAGCCGAGGAAAGAUGUCCAUCUUCAAGAAGUUUUUCAAGAAUGUCAUCCAUAACAGAGACCCUGAAGAUGACACCGUUACAGUGAAGGGUAAACCGAAGCCUAAGUAUUAUGGGACAGUCUCCCCGUACCCCAACUUCAACGCCAGCAGUGACGCUUCAGUUCUACAGAGUGCCAUUGAAAGUAAAGGAGUGGAUGAGGAUGUGAUCAUCUCAGUCCUGGUGAAGAGAAGCAACGAGCAGAGGCAGAAGAUCAAAGCCGUUUAUGAAGCGUCCACUGGGGAGAGGCUGGAUGAAGCUCUGAGGGGAGCUCUGCGCUCAGAUUUAGAGGACGUCUCUCUGGCUCUGCUCAUGACUCCAGCUCACUUUGAUGCCUACCAGCUCAGGCAAUCCACAAAGGGAUGGGGAACACAUGAGGACGUCCUGGUGGAGAUUCUGGCAACCAGAUCAAACCAAGAGAUUCGAGAGAUCAAGAGGGUCUUCAAAGAAGAGUAUGAAAAGGACCUGGAGGAGGUCAUGCAGGAUGAGACCAGUGGCGACUUCACCACGGCCCUUCUGGCCAUGUUGAAAGCAAACAAAGAUGAGAAUACUGAAGUCAAUACGGGGAUGGCCCGAAAGGAUGCAGAGAUUCUGUUCGAGGCAGGUGAGAACACUUCAGGAAUCGACGUGUCCGCCUUCAUCAACAUCCUGACCACACGGAGUGGACCACAGCUCUCUAAGACAUUCCAGCAAUACGCCUGCGUCAGUGACAUCACACUACCCAAAGCCCUGAACAUGGAGCUGAAAGGAGACAUCGAAGAUUGUCUCAUUGACAUUGUGAAAUGUGCCUGGAACACACCAGCUUUCUUUGCUGAGAAGCUCCAUCUGGCCAUGAAGGGUCACGGCACAUGUGAGGAUACGCUGACCAGGGUGAUAGUGGGUCGCUCUGAGGUCGACCUGAAGAAGAUUGUGGAGGAAUACAGGGCCAUGUAUGACAUUAGUCUACAGGAACACAUACUGAGAGAGACUGAGGAACACUAUCAGAAGGUCUUGCUUGGACUGUGUGGACCCCACUGAAUUCCUGUAUCACUGUCCUGUAAAACAAAGCUUUGUUGUCCACAAUCUCUGAUAAGAUUCCUCAUAUUUCUAAAUAAUUUGGAAUAACCUCACCAAACUGUCUUUUUAAGUUGAUGCUCUAAUAAAGCUCUUAUCCCAGCAACAAUAACUUAAGCAUCACAUUCCCUCUUUCUGACAAAAACACAUUUCUAAUGGAGUAUAUUGUGGUAAGAAAUUUAAUAUAGUAUAUGGGAAACUGAUCUAAAGUAUACAGAAAACACAAAAGAUGAAGAAGAUACAAAAGAGGCGGGGUAUAAUUUAUUUUCUGCAAGCUUUAAAGCCAAUAUCUCCCCAAAAUGCUUAUGUUUUAACAGAGUUUGUUAUCAGGCUAACCAUCAGCCAUUAGGCUAAACAAGAAAUAAAUCUGCUUUGACUGCU